UGUUUUAAGUAACUUCUUAAUUUAAUUGGGACAUAAUUGUUAAGAAGGUGAAUGAAUUAUAACACUUCUAUGCUGUGAAUGUUAGCUUUUUGUUAAUACUAAAGUUUAGUUUAAUUAUUCCUUUUAUGUUCUCAAUAAAUAAACAAUAUGGAAUUUGUGAUAUAAUUCCCCUUCAUCAGAACCAAGAGGCCAAAAACUGUUUCAGCAUGACAAUGCCUUAAAGUGCAUAAAGUGAGCUUCAUUAAAACACGCUGUGCCAAUGUUGGAGUGAAAGAACUUGAGUGUCCUGCACGGAGUCCUGACCUCAAGCCCAUUGAACACAUGUGUGAUGAACUAGAACACUGACUGCACCCAGGCCUCCUCACCCAAUAUCAGUGCCUGACCUCACUAAUGCUCUUGUAAAUAAAUGAGCACAAAUCCUCACAGCUUAGAUUUGGUUCUUAGAAGAGCAAGGGCAAAACUUUCUCGGGCCAUUAGAGAAGCAAAGCGCGCACACACCCAGAGAAUCCACAACCACUUCAGAGACAGCGGUGACACACGGCGCAUGUGGCAGGGCUUACAAGCCAUCACUCACUACAGGACGACAUCACCUGCCUGUGACGGUGACGGCUCCCUCCCAGAUGCGCUGAACAACUUCUACGCUUGGUUCGACAGACAGAACGGCACGGCAGCGAGGAAGACCGCGCCUCCUCCGAACGACCAGGUGCUAUGUCUCACUACAGCUGAUGUGAGGAAAACUCUACACAGAGUCAACCCACGUAAAGCUGCUGGACCAGAUAACAUCCCAGACAGAGUCCUCAGAGAAUGUGCGGAACAGCUGGCAGAUGUUCUCACCAACAUUUUAAACAUCUUUCUGAGCAGCGCCGUCGUUUCCACGUGCUUCAAGGCCUCCACUAUCGUCCCAGUGCCCAAGAAGUCUUCUGUGUUCUGUAUCAAUGACUAUCGUCACGUUGCACUUACACCCACCAUCAUGAAGUGCUUCAAGUGGCUCGUCAUGAGACACAUCAAGACCCUGCUGCCCCCCUCACUGGACCCACUCCAAUUUGUGUAUGUCCUAACCGCUCAACGGACGACGCCAUCUCCACCACACUCCAUCUUGCCCUCACACACUUGGACAAUAAGGACACUUACGCUCGAAUGCUGUACAUAGAUUUCAGCUCAGCAUUUACCACUAUUAUCCCCCAACAACUGAUGGGGAAGCUGAGCCUGUUGGGGCUGAACACCUCUCUCUGCAACUGGAUCCUGGACUUUCUGACCAGAAGGCCUUAGUCAGUAUGGAUCAGGAAUUGCACCUCCUGUAGCGACACACAGAACUAUCGAGAGCAUCCUGAGCGGCUGCAUCACUGUCUGGUUUGGGAAUUGUGCCAUAUCCGACCGGAAGACCCUACAGCGGAUAGUAAGGACAGCAGAGACCCCUACACACCCCUCUCACACACACUUCACACUCCUGCCAUCAGGAAAAAGGUACCGAAGCAUUCGGGCACACACAUCCAUUUUUUUUCCACAAGCUAUCCAUCUCCUCAACAAAAAGGGACUGGACUGAAACACACACACACACACACACACACACACACACGCACACACGCACAAACAUUAUCACUCAGCUUAACUCAACUACCUCAAAACAUUGAGACUGGACUGACUAAUCAACACAAGCGCAAACCCACUGACCUACACUACCAAACUAUCGUACACACCAAUCUGUAAAUGUUCUUUUGCACAAUAUUCAUUAUUGGAUUACUUUUUGCACUAACUUCUUAAUUCUUGCUGCUACGUUAAGGAACGAUUACUGGUUCUCCACUACCUCAACACAUCACCACAACACCAAGUGUUUUGGUAUGUUAUGUCGUGUUUGUUGCACUGUCACUUUGUUGCUCUUGUUUGCACAUGUGCACUUUAUGUUGUCUGUUAAAAAAAAGAUAGUCUUCCUCAUCAGCUUAGCCAGUUAGUUUUUGUUAAUUUAUGUUGUUAAUUUAUGUUGUCAGGUCAAUCUGUCUCCGUUAGCCAGCUAACAAGGCCUUGUUCACACGGGCGUUAAAUUUUUGGAUAAACAAACAUGCUCUGAACGUCCUAGACGUUUAUGUUGGGUUUUGUAGUGGCGCUUGAUUGACUUCUACACCGGCGUUCGUUUGUCUCUGUCUAACGUCAGCCUGCAGCCCAAAUUGUAG